UCUAAAAUGCCGGACCAUCUUGGGGACGAUAUGCGUAAGGUGAAAGCCGACAACAAAGAAGUAGAACCCGAAAUAGAAGCCCUCGAUGAAGUCGACAUCGAACUACUGAAAACCUAUGGCCAAGGGCAGUACCAUAAAUCGAUCAAGCAGAUCGACGAAGACAUCCAGAAGGCUAUGAAGCAGGUGAACGAAUUGACGGGCAUCAAGGAAAGUGAUACUGGUCUCGCACCCCCUGCAUUGUGGGAUUUAGCUUCAGAUAAACAAAUCCUACAAAAUGAACAGCCGCUUCAGGUCGCCCGUUGUACAAAGAUCAUCAACGCGGAUUCCGAUGAUCCGAAGUACAUUAUCAACGUGAAGCAGUUUGCCAAGUUUGUCGUUGAUUUGGCUGAUUCCGUUGCACCGACUGAUAUUGAAGAAGGCAUGCGUGUUGGCGUUGAUCGUAAUAAGUAUCAAAUUCACAUACCUCUUCCUCCGAAAAUUGAUCCUACCGUAACGAUGAUGCAGGUGGAAGAAAAGCCGGACGUGACGUACAGCGACGUCGGUGGUUGCAAGGAGCAGAUUGAGAAGUUACGGGAAGUAGUCGAAACGCCCCUGCUGCAUCCGGAGAAAUUCGUCAACCUCGGUAUCGAACCACCGAAGGGUGUGCUGCUGUUUGGCCCUCCCGGAACCGGCAAAACGCUGUGCGCCCGAGCAGUGGCAAAUCGUACCGAUGCGUGCUUCAUUCGUGUGAUUGGAUCCGAGCUGGUGCAGAAGUACGUCGGCGAGGGUGCCCGUAUGGUGCGCGAGCUGUUCGAAAUGGCCCGCUCGAAAAAGGCCUGCCUGAUUUUCUUCGACGAAAUCGACGCUAUUGGUGGGGCUCGUUUCGAUGACGGCGCCGGAGGUGAUAACGAAGUGCAGCGUACGAUGUUGGAGCUUAUUAAUCAGCUGGAUGGCUUCGACCCACGUGGUAACAUCAAGGUGCUGAUGGCAACCAAUCGACCGGAUACACUCGAUCCGGCGCUGAUGCGUCCCGGACGUUUAGACCGUAAGGUGGAAUUCGGUCUGCCAGAUCUUGAGGGACGCACUCACAUAUUCAAGAUUCACGCUCGGUCGAUGUCCGUUGAGCGUGACAUUCGGUUCGAGCUGCUAGCAAGACUGUGUCCGAAUUCGACUGGUGCAGAAAUCCGUUCCGUGUGCACCGAAGCCGGCAUGUUUGCCAUUCGGGCGAGACGCAAGGUUGCCACGGAGAAAGAUUUCCUAGAAGCGGUGAACAAAGUAAUCAAGAGCUAUGCCAAGUUCAGCGCAACGCCUAGAUAUAUGACUUACAAUUAGAAACAGGCGUUAGCACUACCUUUGAGUAUCCAUUCGCAUAAUUUCGUAAUGAUUGAGAAUAAAACCAUAAU